CCAAAUGCUUGUGUCUUGUGUUUGUGGGUUCGCUAGAGUGAAGGCAGCUUGUUGUUUGUUAUACCAUUUGUGUUUUAAUCCAAUUCCUGUGUCUCUAUUCGCACGCUCGAAUUUAACAUGGAUGUUGCUGAUGCACAUGUAGGACAGCUUCGUGUCCGCGAUGAAGUGGGAGUUCGGUGCCAAAAAUUGUUCCUGGAUUUCCUCGAAGAGUUUAAGGAGGAUGGUGAAAUCAAGUACUUGAAAACGGUGGAGAAUCUUGUCAAUCCGGACAGAUCGACACUGGAGGUCAGUUUUGAGGAUGUGGAAAAUUACAACCAAACAUUGGCCACCGCCAUCAUCGAGGAGUACUAUCGAAUUUUUCCGUAUUUGUGUCAAUCGGUGUCGAACUUCGUUCGCGACAGAACCAGCUUGAAAAAAUCCAAAGAAUGUUACGUAUCGUUUGUGGACGUACCGACGCGCCACAAGGUUCGCGAAUUAAGUACGUCGAAGAUAGGAACGCUGAUCCGCAUUUCGGGACAGGUGGUACGCACGCAUCCAGUGCAUCCUGAGCUGGUGUUGGGAACAUUCGUCUGCCUUGAUUGUCAGACGGAAAUCCGAGACGUCGAGCAACAGUUUAAGUUUACAAAUCCGACCAUCUGCCGGAAUCCAGUUUGCGCUAAUCGCCGACGCUUCAUGUUGGAGGUGGAUAAAUCGUUGUUUAUUGACUUCCAAAAGGUGCGCAUUCAAGAGACGCAAGCGGAACUUCCGCGCGGAUGCAUCCCUCGUUCGGUUGAGGUGAUUUUGCGUGCGGAAAUGGUAGAAACAGUACAGGCGGGAGAUCGAUAUGAUUUCACUGGUACGCUGAUUGUGAUUCCGGAUGUUGGAGCUCUGCAGUUGCCGGGUGCAAAGGCAGAAAUAGGAUCCCGCCACAAGCAGGGCGACAAUGCUGCCGAAGGAGUGCGUGGACUGAAAGCACUGGGUAUGCGAGAUCUCAACUACAAGAUGGCUUUUCUAGCCUGUUCAGUGCAGGUGACAUCGUCUCGAUUCGGUGGCACCGAUAUGCCAAUGAGUGAAGUAACAUCGCAAAUCAUGAAGGACCAAAUGACGCCAGCUGAAUGGAACAAAGUGUACGAAAUGUCGCGCGAUCCUCGACUGUACCAGAACUUGAUCAACAGUCUUUUCCCAUCGAUUUACGGCAACGACGAGGUAAAGCGUGGGAUUUUGUUGAUGUUAUUCGGUGGAGUAGCUAAAACUACGCAAGAAAAAACUACUCUUCGUGGCGACAUCAACGUUUGCAUUGUGGGCGAUCCUAGUACGGCCAAGUCUCAAUUUUUGAAACAAGUUUCGGACUUUUCUCCUCGUGCAGUGUACACAUCGGGAAAAGCUUCGUCUGCUGCCGGUCUGACGGCGGCCGUAGUAAGAGAUGAGGAAAGCUUCGACUUUGUAAUCGAAGCUGGAGCGCUUAUGCUGGCCGACAAUGGCAUUUGUUGUAUUGACGAGUUUGACAAGAUGGAUCCACAUGAUCAAGUCGCGAUUCACGAAGCAAUGGAGCAGCAGACAAUCUCUAUUGCUAAAGCAGGCGUCAGGGCUACAUUGAAUGCGCGUACAUCCAUCUUAGCCGCUGCCAACCCGAUUGGUGGCAGGUACGACCGGUCGAAAUCGCUGCAGCAAAACAUUCAACUGACUGCUCCGAUUAUGUCGCGUUUUGAUCUGUUCUUCAUUUUGGUAGACGAAUGCAAUGAGGUGGUAGAUUAUGCGAUCGCAAGAAAGAUUGUGGAUCUGCAUUCGCAUAUAGAACACUCGUUGGAUCAGGUGUACUCGCGUGAGGACGUUCUGCGUUACAUCAUGUUUGCCCGUCAAUUUAAACCAGUUAUUCAGCCAGAGGCAAUGGCACUGUUGGUCGAGAAUUAUGGCCAUUUGCGGCAGCGAGAUACCGGCACGACUGGCAAAAGCACUUGGCGAAUCACUGUUCGUCAGCUUGAAAGUAUGAUUCGACUCAGCGAAGCAAUGGCCAAAAUGGAAUGCAGUGAAGAGGUAACUGAACGGCACGUAAAGGAAGCGUAUCGGCUAUUGAACAAAUCGAUCAUUCGAGUUGAGCAACCGGACAUUCAUCUGGAUGAAGAGGAAGGCGAGGAAAAUGAGAACGUAAUGGACAUCGGUGAGGAAACGCCAGAAGAUACUCCCAGAACGAACGAAACCGAAGAAAACGAUCAGGAUACGCCGGCAGUAGCCAAGAAGAAGCUGACCCUUUCCUUCGAAGAAUAUAAAAAUCUCUCCAACAUGCUGGUCAUUCACAUGCGCAACGAAGAAAGCCGCAUGGAGUCGGAAGAGCUUGACCGGGAAGGAAUUAGUAAGACCGAAUUGAUCAACUGGUACCUUAGUCAGGUUGAGGAUCAAUUGGAAUCGGUUGAAGAGUUGAUGGAGAGAAAGGUUUUGAUUGAGAAGGUGAUCGAUCGACUAAUUUAUCACGAUCAAGUAAUCAUACCUCUAAAGCAGGCGAAACUGGGCGAAGCGGACCAAGACGAUGCUGGGGAUCAGGAUGUAUUGUUAGUGGUUCACCCUAAUUACAUUGUUGAAAGUUAAUUAACUAAGCGAUCGUUUUUCAGAACAUAAUUGCGUUCACAUUUUCAGCUUAGAUUAAGUGGUUUUGUAUUCCAUUUGUGCGUAUCUCUUUUUAAUAAAUUGAACAUUAAACUUAUUGAUAAUUUAUAA